AUGUUGGUAGAACUCCAAGUAUCAGAUCGACCCUCUGAAACAGGUAUAACCGAAGAUAUUGACACUAAUACCAUCAUGGAUUUAGAAAAACAAGUAGCAGAUCAUUCGUUUGAAACACAAAUAGAUGAAGAUAUUGAUGCAAAUGGUUAUUUGGAAGCAACAUCUGAAUCCGAGAAAAUAAAUGAUGAUGGUGUGAAUCUUGGAUGUGAUGAAGGUGAAAAUAAUGAUACAUGUAUUAUUGGAAAGGUUUUCGAUACACCCAACGAUGCAUAUACAUUUUACAAUGACUAUUCAUUUUUACAUGGUUUUGGUACACGAAAACAUUGGAAAUUUAAGAACAAGUCAACAAAUGAGCAUUAUCGGAGGAUAUAUGUAUGCAACAAAGAAGGUUUCAAACAAUUGAAAGGUAAUAAUUCAAGUGGAAAGACAAUAAAACGUUGUAGAGAGGUAAGAACUGGAUGCAAAGCAAUGAUUCGCAUUUCAAAACAAAAGGAUGGGAAAUGGAUUGUUGACAAGUUUAAUGACACACACAAUCAUGACUUAAGCAUGACACCAACAAAGGUAAUGAAGCAUAGAUCUCAUGGGAAGUUCCACCGUACAAUGGAAUGUAAAUCUCUUAUGGUGGAACUUGGUCAAUCGGGGUUGAAGCCAUGUCAUAUUAAAAAGGCUAUUAAUGCAUUGAAACCUUUAGAUGAAGUUGAUGUUACGUCAAAGCAAUACUUGUGUGAUGAUGGGUGUCCUCGGAAUAUCUUUUGGGCUGAUGGAAGAUCAAGAGACGCAUAUACUAAGUUUAGAGAUGUUGUUGUGUUUGAUGUUACUUAUAUGACAAACAAGUACAAGAUGCCACUUGCUCCCUUUGUAGGGGUUAAUCAUCAUGGGCAAUCUAUACUUUUUGGUGGAGCAUUGCUAGAAAAUGAAAAGGUAGAAACAUUUGAGUGGUUAUUUGAGAAUUUUUUAAAAUGUAUGUUUACCAAGUAUCCGAAGGCAAUUAUUACAGAUCAGGAUAAAGCUAUGGGUAAUGCGAUAAAGAAAGUGUUUCCAAACACUCGACACCGCUUUUGUGAUUGGCAUAUUAAAAAGCAUGAGUCUGAACACCUUCGACCAUUUGUUACCCGUUAUAGUGAUUUUCAGGAAUCAUAUAAAGAUUGGGUGAAUAGUGACACCAUUGAAGAGUUUGAAAGCAAAUGGGAAGUUAUACGUAUUAAGUAUAAUUUGGAAAAUAAUUGUUGGAUAAGUCAAAUGUAUAGCCAACGGAUACAUUGGGCUAAAGCUUUUCUUAAAGAUAUUUUCUUGGCUGGUAUGACAACCAGUGGACAAAGUGAGAGUAUUAAUUCCUUUUUUGAUGGAUUUGUCAGUUCGAGCACCAUGUUGAAUGAAUUCGUAAUACAAUAUGACAAAGCAGUUAAGUCUCGAAGGGCAGCCGAAGAAGAUGAGGACUUCAAGACAAUGAACUCAAGAGCAGUUCUUUCUUCUGUGCAUCUAAUUGAAGCAAAAGCAGGUGAGUGA